GAACUCGGAGGUGUUGAUCAUAUUUAUAAUGAAAUGAAGGAACUUAUUACAUUGCCUCUACUACAGAACCCUGAUUUCAAACAGUUGAAUUUAGACUCACCUAAGGGUAUUUUAUUACGAGGUCCAGCAGGUUGUGGUAAAUCAUCAAUGGUGAAGCUGCUAUCAUAUGACUGUAAGGCUGCUUUAAUAACUAUCAAUGGACCAGAGGUCUUGGGAUCUCGACCAGGGGAAACUGAAGAUAAUAUUAAAGUAUUGUUUGAUAAAUGUAAGAAACUAAGUCAAGAGGGACCAUGUAUUCUGUUUAUUGAUGAACUAGACUCACUGUGUCCAAAGAGGAGUUCCGGAAGUUCCAAUGAGUCCAGAGGAACCAGUACUGUGAUAGCAUGUUUAGAUGAAGUACAAUACAUAGAGAAUAUUAUUAUUAUUGGAGCCACCAACCGACCAUCUGCUGUUGAUUCUUCUUUACGAAGACCAGGAAGAUUUGAAAGAGAGAUUUUAAUGAGUGUACCUAAUAAAGAGGAAAGAAGGGAGAUAAUAAAAUUAUUAAUAAAGAAGCUACCUACUAGUGAUAUAGAUAUAGAAUAUAUGGCCUCUAUAACUAAUGGUUAUGUUGGGGCUGAUUUAAAAUCUCUAUGUAAUGAAGCUGUAUACAAUGCUAUGAAUAGAAAUGAUGAUAGUCAGGUAAUUUCUGUAUCUCUUAUAUUUAAGGAAAGAGAGAUAACUAUGUGUGAUUUUAAAGAAGGUAUAAAAAAAGUGAUACCAAGUUUAGAGAAGGGUGUAGAAGGUAUUGUAGAAUAUAAACCUGUAUUAUGGAGUGAUAUAGGUGGUUUACCAGACAUUAAACAACAAAUAAAACAGGCUGUAGAAUGGCCAAUGUUACAUCCUGAAGCAUUUGAAAGGUUUGGAUUACCAGUAUCUAAAGGUGUAUUAUUGUAUGGACCACCUGGUUGUUGUAAGACUACUCUAGUCAGAGCUGCUGCUACUUCCACACAUACUACCUUUAUAUCUCUUAACGGUGCUCAGUUAUUCUCUCCCUUUGUUGGAGAAUCAGAAAGAAUUGUGGCUGAGACCUUCCAGAAAGCGAGAUCACUGGCUCCCUCUAUAAUUUUUCUAGAUGAAUUAGAUUCUAUAGUUGGUAAGAGAUCAGGGUCUUCACGAGGUGUUCAAGAAAGAUUGUUAUCAACAUUAUUAAAUGAAAUGGAUGGUAUUGGAGUAAGACUGGAUGACAUAUUAGUUGUAGCUGCUACCAACAGACCAGAUUUAGUAGAUUCUGCCUUAUUAAGACCUGGAAGAUUAGAUAGAAUUAUAUAUGUACCUCCUCCAGAUUAUCAGGCUAGAUUAGAAAUAUUAAAGAUAAGUUGUAGAAACAUACCAGUUGAAAAUAUAGAUGUAACAUCUUUAGCUGAACAAACUGAAUUUUAUACUGGGGCAGAUUUAACCAGCCUGUGUCGAGAGGCUGCUAUGUGUGCUAUGUCAGAGUCUAUAGAAGCU